GGUCAGACUGAUUCUCAGCGUGGAGUCAGCCAGGGAGGAUGUGUUGCCUCCUUGUUUUUGAUGACUUUUGAUUGAUUUUGUGGAAUUGGACUGUGUGUUCAGUAUGUGGACUAAAUGCAUCAAGAUGACAUUGGAAUCAAAUAUUAACCAACAUGCUAUUCAAAAUAUAAUUCCGAUAGAAGAAUAAAUUGUUAUUGCUUCAGUUUAUAGCAUAAAGUCGAAAUUGUAUUUCAUUGCAAGCAAUUUUAUGUUGUUCAUUGAUUGAGUGGGGAAACAAAUAUUGAUCAAACAUAAUCAAGUCGACUAUUAUCCUUCGUCAUUAGCAUGACAAUAUAUGUAGGGUUGGUAGGUUGUAUUGACUUUUGAUAUUGAUGAACCAUUUUAAGAUAGCCGAAGGGAACACGUUACAGCUACAACUGUUAAGGAACUAAGUGUAUGACACCAGUAUAAACCGUUCAUCUCAUUAAUGACGUGUGCUCAUUAAGGUAGCUGUUGUGACUGUUUCUUUGCUCCAUGGCAGCGCCGACUUACAUGUAUCAUUUAUGGAAAGUGUGGCGGCGUGAGGAAUUACCCUUGCAAUACUCAAUGGACUUGCUGGACUCUCCCCAGAGAUACAGGUGCUCUUUCCUCACUAGGCGUCGGUCCAGUGUAGGUCGAACCAUGGAGGUGGAUAGUGACCUGCAGUGUCCAAUUUGUCUCGAGCUGUUCAACUAUCCCAUAAUCCUCCCCUGUUCUCACAUCCUGUGCCGAUCCCCGUGUGCGGAGAAUCUGUUUGACUUUGACUUCAUCCGCUGCCCUGUGUGCCGUGACAACUGUUACAUCAGCGGAGGCAUCUCGAGUCUGCCAAGAGUUAUCACCCUUGAGAACAUCAUCGACAAGUACAAGGCAGAGCGACGCAAGGAUCAGGAAGAACAAGAAGCCCUCGCCGUCAGCUCAGAAACAUCAUCGGAUGGAAUUUUGUGCCAGUUGUGUGAGAAUUCCCCCAGACUUGCAAAGAAGUCGUGUCUUGAUUGCAAUGCAUCUUAUUGCUCAAACUGUCUCCGUUUGUCACAUCCAAACAGAGAACCAUUCACAGAUCAUGAACUGAUUGAACCCCGGAAGGAGCUCCGGGCAUCAUUAGCGCUAUGCUCUGAACAUGGAGAAGCUCUGAGUCUGUUCUGUCAUCAAUGUCGGCGGCCAUUUUGUCUGGCAUGUGAUGAAGCUGAGCUUCAUGUUGACCACCCUACUGUCUCCAUUGAAGAGGGAUACGCAAAACUGAAACUUAACCUGAAGGAGAGUCUGGAGCGACUGACCGACAGCCAGUGCAAGAUGAUGACCACUCUCAAACUGCAGCAGGAUCACCUCAAGGACAUGCAGCUGCUGGUGGACAGGAAGCGGGAUGAUAUCAACAUGCAGUGUGACUCUCUGCUGGCGGAGGUAGAAAACAAGCGUAGCUUCUUCCUGGCCGACCUUGAGAACGAGGAGCGGGUCAGACAGAACACUGUGGAGGAAGUCAUUAAACUGUUUGAGAAGAUCCUGGGAUCCUCCCAAAGUCUUCAGACCUACACCGAGGACAUACUGAAGCGGGACCCUGCUUCCUUCCUGGAGGUUGCUUCAGCACUGAAUGAAAGGAUAUCCAAGGCUGAGACUGACUGUGAGAGCUGCCAGUACCAGCCAUGUGACCUUGGUAGCCUCAAGGCCAAGAUUGUGGAUUUCAAGAGGGAGAAGGCAGCACUGAGAGAUCUCCACUACCUGACAGCCCCCUCCACCCCCAUCAUUGAUGUGACUAAGUGUUCCCGUAGUGAAGACGCAGUAGCACUAGUGGUGUCGUCGUCCAGGGUGUGCCAGGAGGUCAUUGACAGCUAUGAACUCCGCUACUGCACCGAGGAACAAAAGAGUGUAGGAAUAGAGGACACAGUGACUGUGAGGAGCUGCCCCGAAGACAGGCAGAUCAUCAAGGGCUUGAGUCAGAGCAGCAGCUGUGAGGUCCUGCUGCUGGAGAAUCUGUACCGAGCCACCACCUACUACUUCUGUCUGUCUGCUGUCAACUCAGGCGGGAAGAGUGCCAACUCUGAGGUGGUGCAGUGUCGCACUCUCAGUCAGAGCGAGAGCGUUGUCCCAGUGCCGGUGAUCCUGGAGACGUUGUGCCGCCGCUUCAUGUCGUCAAUACAGGUGUGCAGCUCCAGCCCCCUGGACGUUGCCAUCGAGCAGAAGAUCUCCCACUUCCUGCUGUAUCGGCCAUCAGACCGGGGUCAUCACUGUCUCUGGAAGAGCGUGUCUUUGUAUGGGCGCCAGGAACAUCGUGUGUUUGGCUUAGAGCCGAACACGGAAUAUAUGUUUGUGAUUAUGGCUUGUAACUCUCGUGGGGAAUGUCAGCUUUCUAACAGAGUCUCACUACAGACAGAGCUGUCUGCCAUUUGAGAAAGUUGUGAUGACAGUGACACUACAGACAGAGCUGUCUGCCAUUUGAGAAAGUUGUGAUAACAGUGUCACUACAGACAGAGCUGUCUGAUAUUUGAUGCUGUAGAUGGUUGUGAUAACAGUCUCACUACAGACAGAGCUGUCUGCCAUUUGAUGCUGUAGAAAGUUGUGAUACCAGUCUCACUACAGACAGAGCUGUCUGCUAUUUGAUGCUGGAGAAAGUUGUGAUAACAGACUCACUACAGACAGAGCUGUCUGCCAUUUGAUGCUGUAGAAAGUUGUGAUACCAGUCUCACUACAGACAGAGCUGUCUGCUAUUUGAUGCUGGAGAAAGUUGUGAUAACAGUCUCACUACAGACAGAGCUGUCUGAUAUUUGAUGCUGGAGAAAGUUGUGAUAACAGACUCACUACAGACACAAUGUCUGCCAUUUGAUGCUGGAGAAGGUUGUGGCAACUCUCUCCCUACAGACAGAGCUGUCUGCCAGUUUACUGCUAUAGAAGGUUGUGACAACAUCCUUGCAUUACACAUAGCUUUAUUGAUACUAUACAAGGGUUGACAACAGAGCUGCCCUCAUCUGCAUUAUAAAGGAAACAGCCAAGUAUUCCCUGUCUGUCAUUGCAUGAGGGUGUGGACUCGCUUCUGCUCAAGAUACUAACGGUACUGUCCACCCACCAAAUACAAGUUUCGCUCACUACACAAGUGCAAUACAUGCACAGGUAUAAAUAUCUAAUAACUUUGUUCAUCCUGUGAGUGGAUGUUUAUUACUAAUGUUCCAACAGUUUAACCCAUGAUGUAGAAUGAGUACUUGUACAAUAUUAAUACAAUGUUCCAGAAUUUAAGAAAGCAGAUGAUUCUUAGUCUGGACAAUACUGUACUCAACAGUGACUGCACUAGUUAAAAAACUCACCAUUACAUCUUUGUGUUAGCCAAAAUGUACAACCCCACUAUCAGAAAUAUCCAUGGCAUGUCUGUGUUUCUCCAUCAGAUACAUCCUAAUGUUCAACAUGCUUUCCUUUGAGCAGAUAAUGUAUUUUUGUAAACAACCCAUGCUCAUGUAUUUUGCCUCAAGUCUACACAACUCAAAGGCCUGACAUGGUCAGUGUGAGAGUAGAACUAGAUGGACACAUAUCCUAUGUCUAACAGGAGUGUGCGAGUAAGCUUUUACCUGCUUUCAGCAAAAUCCCAGCAAUAUCACAGCAGUGGACACCAGAAAUUGGUUCACUCAUUGUACCCUUUUGGGGAAUCAAACCCUGGCCUUCUGUAUGAUAAGCCAACACACUAACCAAUAGACUACCCCACCACCUCUCACCAGGAGGAGCCCGAGAAGGGAAGUUCUACUUACCAAUGGUGCUGCACAUUAACGUUGUUGUCCUCACUGCCACAGUAUUAUAGAGGGGGAAGACAGAACCAAGUUGUGUACCCC